GUUGCGGUACAAGAAGUGAGAUAGAGACGACGACCGUCCUUGUUUGCGUCUCGCGGCCAUCUGGCUGGCUCAGUCAGCUGUUCGACGGUGGUGCGAAAACGGACGAUGGCUUCUGGCUGCUGUGGUACCAAAAAACAAAAAUUGAACAAUUCCUCCGGAGUCCCGUCAUCGAACGGCGUUUCGUCAGUGGCGAACGGGAUCAGCAACGGAAUGGCCAUGGUCGCUUUACCCGAGAUGUGCUUCUUUUGUUUUGACGUGCUCUAUUGCCAUUUGUAUAACCUCGCGCCACCGAAAACACCCUCGUUCAGCAAUGAUGCAUAUCCAUUGUUUGUAACAUGGAAGAUUGGAAAAGACAAGAGACUUCGUGGUUGCAUUGGAACAUUUAAUGCCAUGAAUCUGCAAUCUGGUCUCAGGGAGUAUGCAAUAACUAGUGCAUUCAAGGACUCCAGAUUCAGUCCCAUAACCCGAGAUGAAUUCCCAAAGUUAAGUGUAUCUGUGUCCAUUUUAAGACAUUUUGAGGAUGGUGAUGAUUACUUGGACUGGGAAGUAGGUGUGCAUGGUAUCAGAAUUGAGUUUAUCAAUGAAAAAGGCAAUAAAAGGACUGCUACUUACUUGCCAGAGGUGGCUUCUGAGCAAGGAUGGGACCAGCUACAGACGAUUGAUAGUCUGCUACGCAAGGGUGGUUACAAAUCGGCAAUCUCGAGCGAGGUGCGGCGUAACAUUAAACUGACGCGCUACCAAAGUGAGAAGAUAACCAUCAGUUACCAAGAGUACAUGAACCACUGGAACAACGCCAACAACCAAAGGUGCUAGCAGACGAUGUGGAGGCACCCGACACCGGUGUCUCCACCACUUCCCCAUCACCAACAGUACCGCGAUGCAGUUCCACCACCACAUCCCUUCGUCGUGGCCGCUAUGAUGGCGCCAGUACCCCGAUAUGCGCCGCCGCCCUGCGUCCUGCAGCCACUCUGGUAUCCGGGACCGUCAUACCAACAACCGCCGGAUUGCGGACCGGUAUUCGCAGCUCCUCCGCCCGGACAUCAUCACGCCCAUCAUUUCAACGGUUACCAUCCGUCUUUUUUUCGAAAGCGAAAGUAAUAAGGUGCUGCUUCGGCACCUCCCCUGACGCUUUGUGACACCGAUAUUGUUUUACCAGUCCGUCGACAUGAUUGUUAUGUCGGUGUCUUGCGGGGGCAUAGCCGAGCAUCUCGGGGAACUAUGAGAUCACCAAACGUAUUCAUAUAAAAUUUUAGUAGUACGAAUUGACAAAAAUUUGACAUCACUUCAAUAUUUGGAUUUCUUGGGGAUGUUCUGUCCAAUUUUUGUCAGUGAUAUAUAAAAAUUUAUCGGUUUAAUUGUGCCUGAACCUGCACGGAAAAUGCUUGAGCUUAUUUUACAUACGACCUUGGUAUAAUGUCUUACCACAAAAAUAGUUUUGUUCGGAUAUUUUAGUACAAACCAGCAUUUGAAUGUACCUGUAGGUUUUAAGUUUAUACCAGUUAAUUGAGGACCUUUCCUAAACAAAUAUUUUAUUGUCGCAUUGAAUUUUUUGCAAUUUUGUUAUGUACCUUUUUAACAAAAGGAAAUGCAAUUGGUAGGGUAUUUUUUAUUGUUUUAGGUUUUAAAUACUUAUUUUUUCUUGAUCCAUUAAAUACACACCACCCUGAUGUUAAAAACUGCUUAGAAAACUGAGUGCAAGGUUUUAAAUAUUGAUUUUAUAUUAUAUAAGAUUUAUAAACAGAUCUAUUAAUUUUAUAUAAAAAUAUAUGUAAUUAUUUCUAUAUAGUUUUUAAGUUUUUCGUUCCCUCUUAUAUCGCUUCUAUAGCAUUGCAUAACUGAGUGCAAAUAAUUUAAACACGUUCAAUACUAUAGAAGCUUUAUGUUAAUUCUACAAUUUAAUUUUGCGUAAAAAAGUAACAUUUAGAAAGCAAGAGUUUCAAUAAGUUUUUAUUUUUUUACGUAAUAUAUAAGGAGUCAAGAUAUUCCUGGAGUUAAAUUGUAAAUGAAUAUCUCAUUUUAGCUUCAUUUAUUAUAUCUGUAUUAUUAUAGGCACUAUUGGUAUAUGUGACUAAGUGUAAACAUUUUUGUCCAAUAACAUUAUUUUGAACCAAAGCUUUUAAAAGCUACACAAAACUAACAAUAAAUGUAAGAUAACCUUGUGUGAAAGAACCUUUAUAACUAAUAUAUUAAUUAUAGCAUAUUAUUCUAUACUUGAGGAUAAUUUAGAUUACAAUUAAAGAACAUCUGGGAAUAUCGAAGAAUACAUUUGUGGAUUUAGUGACUACCAAUAUCUUAUGUGAAAGUUGUUGACGUUCACUAAAGACUAAACAAGGAUCCACAGGGAUUAUAAACUUAAACAUCACUGCCAUUUAGUCAUCUUGAAUUAAUUAUUACAAUCAUUUCAUAGUGAUGUUCUAUCAGCCAAAGAAAAUCUUACUUAUUAUAAAAUAAAGUUAUGAUAUUGUUAAACAAAAGCAUUAACUAAUUUAAUUACAAAAAUAGUUUAGAAAUAGAAACAAAAUCAUUAAACUUUAUUUAAUAAUAACUGCUAUGGACAUCAUUGUAUUGUGAUCUCGUUGCUAUUACAUCUGAACUGAAAGUUAUGGUAGGGAUAGUUUAAUUUUUUUAAUAUGUUCUGUAGGAUACCAUUUUUUCAAACCUUGUUGUCUAUAAUCAUCUGUGAUUUAGAUGUAACUAGCAACCACGCCAAUACUAGUAUAAAAAAAUACAAUUUGGAAUACGCGAAUUUUAUUGAUUUCUUUUGACGUUACGAAAAAUGUUCGUGUUAAAAAUUGCUCAAUACAAACUUACGAGUAUAAAACAGGACAAUUCCAGUAUUCCAAAUUGCUUUCAAGUGUCUCAGGCUAUUAAGAUUAAUAUAGUAAUUCCACUGCAUAUAUAAAAUAACUGGCAACACGAUCGAUAGAUUCGAAUUGUUUGAACAAAUUUAUCAUUAACAUCGGAAAAAUGUGCCUAAACGUGAAUAAACUGGUACGUAUCCAGUAACGCCAUCUAGGAGACACAAGUUCUGAUAUUCUCUAAUAAAUUUAGCUGUUAAAAUUAGUAUUUAAUAUUUGGAUGUAUUGUAGUGGGGUUUCAUUGAAAAAUGUUUAAUAAAAAUUACUUUUUUAACAUGAA